CCCGGAGUCUUCAGCGAAACGGAAAUGUGUCCGUAGAAGAAGAAGCGACCGGAAGUGUCGUUCAUUGUGCUCCGGGACUGGCGGCGGGCUCGGCGCUACCUGCCGACAGCAACUUUCACACUUUCAGCGACACUUUUCCAGUCUGAUGGGGGACAGCGAUGACGAGUUCGACAGGAGGAGGCGGGACAAGUUCAGGAGAGAGAGGAGCGACAUGGAGCGAUCGAGGGAGAGAGAGGAGAGGAGGAGGGACGACUGGCCGGACAGGGAGUGGGACCGAGGCCGGGACAGUAGGAGGAGGGAUUACGAGCGAGGCCGCAGGGAGAGGUUCUCCCCCCCGAGACACAUCAGCCCCCAGCACAAACGCAUGAGGAGAGACUGGGACGACCACCGGGGGGAGCCGUACCGCUUCGACAUGCCGUACGGAGGGGGCGGGGCUCCGUUCCCGGGGGCGGGGCCUCAGGGCUGGCACCCCGACCUGCCCCACCUGCACCCGCACCACAUAGGGCACCCGCUGCAGGGCAGACUGGGCCUGGUGGACCCAGACCUCCCUCCUCCUGGGCCUCCCACCAUGAGGAGCUUCAAGGAGUUCCUGCUGAACAUGGAGGACAGUGUGGAUGAGACGGAGGCGGUGAAGAGGUACAACCAGUACAAACUGGACUUCAGACGACAGCAGCUGCAGGACUUCUUCCUCAACCACAAGGAGCAGGAGUGGUUUCGCUCCAAGUAUCACCCUGAUGACAUCACGGCGAGGAGGGCGGAGUCUCUGGCGGCCCUGAAGACGCGGCUGGGCGUCUUCCUGUUCCUGCUGGACAACGGUUGGCUGGACAACCUGUCGCUGGACAUGGACCACGCCCCCAAGAUCAUCAAAGUCCUGGACGCAGCGGUAAUAAAGAUGGAGGGCGGUACCGACCUGGACCUGCAGGUCCUGGAGCUGCCGUCCGCCGCCGUGGCAACAGGAGGGGAGGGGCCGGGCGGGGUGGAGAGGGCGGAGGGGGGCGGAGCUGUGGGCGGAGCUGUGGGAGGUCCACCUGGGACGAAGACAGAAGAGGAAGCUGGGAAGAAAGACUCUGACAAGGAGGGCACGGAGGAGGUGAAGCAGAACGGAGAGAAGGACAAGGAAGAGGAAGAGGAUGAGGAGGGGGAGGAGAAGAGAGGAGAGGCGGAGCAGACCAGCAAGAAGGGCAGGAAGAGGAAGCGCAGCGUGUCGGCGGACAGCGGCGAGGGCAGCGGCUCCGAGUCUGACUCCUCCCACUCCGACGCAGAGAAGGAGGAGGAGGAGGAGAAGGAGGAAGAGGAGGAGGAGGGCGAGGACGAGCGGAGGAAGGAGCGGGGGAAGGAGAGGGAGAAGGAGGCGGUGCCAGCCAAGCCCCGCCCACUGCACCUCACCACCUCGCUGUUCAUCAGAAGCAUCCCUCCAGAGGUUUCUAAAGAGGAGAUCACUGCUCUGUGUCGCAGGUACCCGGGCUUCCUGCGGGUGGCGCUGUCUGACCCUCAGCCUGAGAGGAGGUUCUUCAGGCGGUGCUGGGUGACGUUUGAUCGCAGUGUGAACAUCAAGGAGACGUGCUGGAACCUGCAGAACAUCCGGCUGAGGGACUGUGAGCUGUCUCCGGUGGUCAACAGGGAUCUGUGUCGUCGUGUUCGCAGUGUCAACGGCCUGACGCACCACCGGCCCGUCGUCAGGAACGACAUCCGUCUGUCCGCCCGGCUCGUCCACAGCCUGGACCAGAGGGCGGAGCUGUGGGCGGGGCAGAUGGAGACGAACCCGGUGCUGAAGAACAUCACCGACUACCUGAUCGAGGAGGUGAGCGCCGAGGAGGAGGAGCUGACGGGCGUCGCCGGGAGCAACGAGGCCGGCGCCGACGGCGGCAAAGACCACACCUCGUCUGAGGUUUCCGUGGAGACAGACGACAAGCUGCUGAAGGUGCUGGACAGGCUGCUGCUGUACCUGCGGCUCGUUCACUCGGUGGAUUAUUACAACUUCUGUGAAUAUCCUGCUGAGGACGAGAUGCCGCACCGCUGCGGGCUGAUCCACGUCCGAGGCCCCCUGCCUGUCAGCAAGAUCACUGCAGCCGAGGUGAGCGAGCACCAGAAGAUGUGUGAGGAGCGUCUGGCUCCUCUUCUGUCUCCGUCUGAAACUCUGACAGAAGAAGAAGCAGCGAGACUGGGGAGGAAGGACGCCGAGCAGGAGGUGGAGAAGUUCCUCACAGCAAACACCCAGGAGCUCGGCAAGGACAAGUGGCUCUGUCCUCUGAGCGGCAAGAAGUUCAAGGCUCCAGAGUUUGUGCGUAAACACAUCCUGAACAAACACGGAGAGAAAGUCACCGCCGUCAGACAGGAAGUGGACUUCUUCAACAACUUCCUGCUGGACGCCAAGAGACCCGCCCUCCCCGAGAACAAGCCCCUCCCACCGCCCGCGCAGGCCCCGCCUCCUGGUUUGCCAGGAUUUCCUGGUCAGUCACCACAGCAGCAAAGCCUCCUGGGAUACCCGCCUGGAGUCCGACCUCCCAUGCCCGGCUUCCCCGGUGGCGGACCCCCCUACCCCCCCAACCAGUUUGGGGCGGGGCGCGGUAACUAUGACAACUUCAGAGGCCACGGAGGAGGAGCAGUGUAUUCUGGGAAGCAGCGCGGCAGGGGCGUGCGAGGAGACCCCCGGUCCAUCAUCGAGUACAGAGACCUGGACGCCCCCGACGACCUCGACUUCUUUUGAAACAGCGAAGAAGAAACACGACCACGCCCACUUUUUAAACCUUUUGUUUUUGUUUUUGUUUAUUUUUUAGUCCUGUUUUUAUUUCCUCCUCCUCCCCGUCGUCUCUCCGCUUUCUCUCCUUUUUCCAAGUUAGAACGAAACGUUUAGGGCUCGACACUGUGUGUGUGUGUGUGUGUGUGUGUGUGUGUGUGUGUGUGUGUGUGUGUGUGUGUGUGUGUGUGUGUGUGUGUGUGUGUGUGAGAGACAGUGUUUGCCAGCAGGACCAAUUUUCUGUCAGUCGCUGAUGUUGAUGAUCUGAUGUGUUCCAUUUUCCAAUAAAGAUCAUUACAGGAGAACA